AUGGCGACUUCACGUCUUACAAACAAUGUUGUGGAGAAGAAGUGGAAUGGACUCCCACAAUUUGUGGGGCCAUUUUCACAUCGACUUAUGGGCUUCCAGUUACCCCGGUUAGUCGAACAACCAGUAUCAUCACCGAUGGCAAAAUCUGAAGGUCGUGUGCACAUCCAAGUCGAUGUGGAUACAAAGGGAAAACGUCAAGACAACAAUGGUCCCAUCAUCAUCGUCGAUAGACGGCCUCAACGGCAUCGCUUGCCUCUUUUUGGCGUCGAUGAUCAGGAUGAUUCUGAUGAUUCGCUUCGGUGGCAAUCAUAUGAUGAAUACUAUGAUAAUGAUGACGAAGAAGCUGACGACUUCCGUAGUGAUGAGCAGAGAUACGAGGAUGCGGAAAGUGAGCGGGUGAUACACGAGCUCUUUCUCGCCGUGGAGAAGGCGAAUUGGGCCAAGUACGGCAUAACGAAGCCGAAUAACUUCAUCAAUCCGUUUGAGGUGGACUAUUAGUUGGUUGGUUCCCACUGUGGCCAUGUAAAUAUUAUUGUAAAUAGCUUUUUCUGUGUGUGUGUGUUUUUCUUUUCUUGAAAUAAAAUAACUUGUGAACUAGAAAAUACAGAGCUUUUCUUUCUCUUCUUCUUGUUUUGGGAAACCAAGCUAGGCCGCCUCCACGUGGUGUUUCCCGGAUAACGCGAAAGGGCCUACGUAAUGCAGAGAAAAAGUGUAAUGUUAAUCUUGUGACCUGCUUGUGAUGAAACUAUACGAAUAACUCUAUCGGUAUAGUUGUAGGGCUAUGAAAAAGGAUCGCAACGAUUGUUGAUAGGUAGCAGCAGAUGAAUCUGAGGAUGUGGGUAAGAAUAAAUCUCUUCUUGGGAUAUCGGAUUGACAUGUAGCAUUGGUGUUCCAUCUUUCGAGAUGCAAUAGCAAAGUUAUUGUGUGGAUUCGAUAUCUCAGGAAGAGAUUUUUUUUUGAGCAUUUUUUCUAAGUUCCUAAUGUUUGUGGUAGUGUCUUACUGAUACCAAGACUUCAGUGAAAGAUGGUUGGCUAUUUUCACAUGCCAUAUAUUUCACUUAGCUGUUGUGAGAUGUUGAUAGACGUGGAUGAUUCCGAAGAAUGAGAAGAUAAGGAUGAUGUGCUCAUCAUUGUUUUGUUGGGAAAUCAAACUAGGCUGCCUCUUUGUGGUGUUUCCCGGAUAACGCUAUAGGGCAUAUGUAAUGCAGAGAACUCGGUGAAUGCUAAUCUUGUGUACGAACAACUGCAUGGUUGUAGUUGUUGUGGGAAUGAAAAGGAUCAUAAUGAUUAUUGACACAUGUUAUGGGAUGAAUCGGAGGAUGCUGGUAAGAAUUAGUCUCUUCUUGGGAUAUCGGAUUGACAUGUAACUUUUGUGUUCCAUCUUUCGAGAUGGAAUAGUAAAGUUAUCAUGUUAAUUCGAUAUCUCAGGAAGAGACUUUUUUUUGCUCAUUUUUUCUAAGUUUUCAGAGGUAGCAACUGAUGUUUUGCCAUAAAAGUUGCAAGAAAAACCUAAUGUCCGAUUGGAUGAGGAUCGAAUGCAAAGGUUACUGGUUUCAUGACGAAUGAGAUGAGCAUUGUUGAGAAUAGAUGUUCGAUAGAAUUCGAUUAGGUAAUGUGCAGCAACGGUAUAGAAGUGCGUUGAGUUCAAUAUCGGAAUUUCAACCGUGUAGUUCAGACUACAUAUUCGAUAUGUUGCACAUCUAUGAUGAUAACACUAUAUUGGGUAUAUGUUGUUGAUGUCAGAUAUCACAAGGAAGUUCUUUGCUUAUCCGAUUUGUGUGAUUUAUGCUAAGUAUGUCGUGCUUGUUAUUGUGUGGAACACAAAUUUAGGUCGUUUCCUCGUAGUCUUUUCCGGAAAACGUGCAAGAAUAAGUCUCUUCUUGGGAUAUCGGAUUCACAUGAAACUUUGAUUUUCGAUCUUUCCAAAUGAAA